AUGGAUGAAGCACUUACAAAACCAAGAAAUGUUACCCAUACUAUGUAUAAGUUAUAUAACUGGUUACAAAUGGGUAUGAUUGACUUGAAUCCUGAAUUUCAAAGAGACAUAGUAUGGACAGGAAUCAAGCAGUCACACUUGGUUGACUCGGUGCUUAAUAACUUCUAUGUCCCCCCCAUAAUCUUCUCUUGUAAAAAACUGGAUAGCAAAAGAUGGAUGCGCGUUUGUAUUGACGGUAAACAACGCCUUACCGCUAUCAGAAAAUUCAUGGAUAAUGAAAUCCCUCAUCUUAGCCCUUCUGAUGGUAAUAUAACUAAGCGAUAUUAUAGAAAUCUUAAUAAUAGACGUUCUUUGACAGAAGCGGAACGUGAAAUGUUUGACUGUUCUGAGCUUCUUUGUGUUGAGUAUUAUGAUCUUACUUUACACCAAGAACAAGAAAUCUUCAGUCGUGUACAACUGGGAGUUGCAUUAACUCCUGCUGAAAAACUUCAAGCCAUUAGCAGUCCAAUGGCUGAUUUCGCUCAUACAAUUUACAGUCAACAUUCCACUCUUUCUUCCAUAAUGGAUAAUAAACGCGCUCGGCCUUUUCAACUUAUUACUCAAUCUUUACACAUGAUUGAAACUGAACCGGAAAAAUUCAAUGCAACUCCUGCCACAAUUACUAAAUACUUGAAAGAAGAUCGCGAAGUUCCUGAAGGUCUUAAGGCAUUGGCUAAACAAAUUUAUACGACCAUAGAAGAGAUGAUCGAAGACGAUGCUGAAUUAUUUCAUCGUGAUCAUAGAUUGGCUCCAGUGGAAUUUGUAUUUUUAACUUACAUGAUCGCUAAAUUUCCCAAGUUACCGAUCUUCCAAUACCAAAAUCGUCUUUUAGCUAUGAAGAAACAUGUUCGUGCUAAACAUGAUGAUAUUAGAUUCAACAAUAAGGUCUUUGACACAUUGAAAAAGUUCGUGGAUAAUAUGGAAUAUGAAUUCGUUUCAAAUCACCAAACUAUUCCUUACGCUCCAUCAUCUCAUCACACAAAUCAUUCAAGCCACUCUAAUAACUCGGUAACUUAUCCAAAUAAUAUUUAUGAUACUGCAGCUCCUUCAUCUACUCAACGAAGAAAGAAAGCAAAGACCUCUAAUUAA